AUGGCACUUUACACGGAUCUGACAACCAGGUUAAGCCAAGACGAGUUGUGGGAGUAUGAAAGUCCAGAAGCGUUGGUAUUGGAAAAAUGCUUGCGCAGCUAUGUUGACGCCUUUCAUAUACAUCUGCCCAUUCUUCAUGUUUCGUCUACAACCGUGGAAGAAACAUCAAGUCCACUGAUUCUGAUCAUGUGCGAUUGGAGCAUUGUACCGAUUAGAAAGGAAAUUAGCCAUCAGUAUGUACCGCAAGGCGUCACAGGCGUUCGAUCGAAGUAUGUCGGCUUGGAUGGCCAUAAAUGA